AUGUCGCUUAGUGCUUCGAUCGACUCUGUCUCUCAGAAAAGAUUUCUGUCAAGCCUUCUUGCUGGUCGUGUUUUAAAGAGACAAGGAGAUGGUGAACUGCUCCAGGAGAGAGUCAUCCACUUGUUGGAGCAGCAGCAGGAUCUCUGCAGAUUAUUCAAGGAGCUUGGGAAUCCCGAUCCAAGUAAACCUUUCAACACUGGCAAUGACAAGCAAAGACAGGAAAGCAUCCCAUUACCUAUUGCAGGUUCACUUCUGGUCUAUGAGUUAAGUCACCAAGCUGGGCAGCUUGGUGUACCAAUAGCAACACUGUCAGCAAAAUUGCUGCUGGAAAGACUGACGACGAUCACAGGAACUGAUGAUGAGAGGUCAAAAGGUGUUCUUACGACGUCUCAGACAGACCAGCUUGGUAUCCUUCUGAUAACUGUCCAUGAACUGUUCACCCAUGGAGCCCUUUGCCCCAAGGGGUUCUGGCAGGAGUACAGGAAGGAUCAGAAACUACCAAAUCUGCAUGUGGUGUACCUGUUUCAGAUUCACAAUGUCCUUGAAUUAAAAGAUAUUAUAGAAAGUGAUGAAGGGGUGAGGUUGUGGUUGGUGCCACAGCUGAAGGCUCUGUGCAGUUGGACACCUCCUAAGGAUGAGAUAGAUGCCACUAAAACUCAAAAGGAAGUAUUGUCAACUAUCUUGGGUGGACUAAUUGGUUUGGGCUUCCAGUCAAGUCGGGAGCCAGCAGUAGCAGUGGAGAAGAGGUGCAUUCUGCACUGCAUCUCUACGCUAGAUGACAUGCUCUUCUGGCUUCUGGACUCUGCGGACAAUUCAGCACAGCCGUUUUCUGAAACCGCACCAGAGAGAUGGUGUCAGCUAUUUGAUACUUCGUUGUGUGAAGUUUCAGCUUCUCCAAAUGCCCUCCAGCGCUUUUUUAUGCACUCACUAACGCAGACUCUCACUUACAAGCCUCAACUUGCAGCGUCAGAUGCAAUUGCUCAGCAGAACAAGUGGUCCUUUGCAAAAGCCAGUCCGCUACUAACCUCUCUUUUCUCUAAGAUGACUGUGAUCUUCAGUGUGAAACAGCUGCUACAUCACCUGCAAAAGGUUUUAGAGACCCAUGAGGUCAGCUGGAAACACGUCCUGUGCUUCCUCUCCACUCUGUUGGUGUAUAACCCAUCUGCUCAACCCAAUUUGAGAGAACUUCUGUCCAGAUUGCUGACUUCGGCAUUCGAAGGUUACGACUUGGAGAGCAUCGUAACUGCGUUCUUGUUGGCGCGGCAGGGAUCAUUGCAUGGACCUUCCAUCUUCCCCUCCUACAGUGACUGGUUCAAGGAGUCUUUUGGUAGCGCCAGUGGUUUCCAUGCUACAAGCAAGAAAUCGCUGAUGUUUCUACUUAAGUUUCUGUCUGACUUGGUUCCGUUUGAACCCCAACAGUACCUAAAGAUGCACAUUCUCCACCCUCCGUAUGUACCCACGAAGUACCGUAGCCUCCUGAUGGAGUACGUCUCCCUGGCCAAGACAAGACUUGCUGAUCUCAAGGAAUCAUUGGAGGACAUGGGUCUCUAUCAGAAUUUUUGUGGUGCUGAAGCUGCACCAGUCCAGCUCCAGGCUGCACAGGACGUGGAGAAAGCUUCAUCUCUCUUUGAGAUUACAGGGAAAAUCUCUGCCGUUGUUAUGGAGGCCAGUAUUUUUCGACGGACAUAUUUCCUCACACAGUUCCUUCCUGCUCUUCUGAAACCAAGACUGCUUCCUGUGAAAGCAGAUGCUCAAAUGAACUUCAUAGAGGCCCUGAAAAGAGCAGAUAAGAUUUCUGCUACACAGUAUUCAUCAUACAUGGAAUCUUGUCAGAGACUCAGACAGCAAGAAGGGAAUGCUGUACGCGAGGAGAAUCAUGAUAAUCCUCUGCCUGUCCUAAAAUUUCAGCUACAAGAGCAUAGACGACUCAUUUCUAAUGGAAAUGAUGAAGAAAUGGUGGCUCAGCUGUCAAAGAUCUCCCAGACUCUGAGCUUCAUCUUUCCUGGUCUUCCCGAUGACCUGUUGGAAAAGAAGGUCAUCAAACUGAAAACGGACACAAUUUCAUUGCCAGAGCUCCACUUACAAGUUGUCGAUGAGAUUUUAAAAACCUUUUGCCAAUGCAUUGCGGAUGCUUCCAAAACACUUCCUCCAAAAAGGCAGAUGAUGUGGGCGUCCAGGUUUGUGUGUAUAAUAGUUUGUAACACACAUUUCCUCUCCUGCCUUCUACAUCGAGUUUGGCAUCUGCUCCAUCACCAGGGUUCCAUGUUGAGUGGCCCACAAGUGAUUGGGCUAGCUGCUCUAGUGGUCCAUCUCCAUGCCUCCAUGUUCCAAAGUCAUGUUGUGCAGCUGAUUUCCCUGAGACAGCCCAAACCAGUGUCUGUCUCCGAGGCUCUUUGCUCAGCACUGGUCUGCAACACGGAUACUCGCAUGCGAUUCUGUUUUAGGUUUUGUGUGGCUGCCAUAUGCUAUUGGAUCUGUAGGGGGGACUUAAUGCCUCAAAAGGAAGACAUGACUCCCAGCUGCAUUUAUAAGAAGCUUCAGUACCUCAUUCCAAGACUCUUGCCUGAGGCCAGAAUUGCGGUUUUUGAUGGUAAAGAGAAUGAGAACCUGAACAGCAGUGCGCUCUGGAGCAAUGUCAUAGAUACCACUAGCAAAUGGAAGAAGACAGCUUUGUAUCUUUGGAAACAUUCUGCUUUCAAUCGGUUACGGCGAGAGCCACAAUAUCAGUUAUUCUUUACAGAAUGGCUGGCAAAUGAACUCCAAGUUGACAGAAGUAAAGAUGCACUUUCUGAUUCUGAACGGCUGGAGUAUCAUGAGUGGGCCUGUAUGCAACUCUACCUGACUCGUCCAGACGAUCAGGGCGGCUGCGGUGGAAGCCUGCUGAGUCUCUCCUCUCAUCUCAUCAAUGCAAUCAUGGACCAGCAGCAAAGCGAAUUUUGUCAUCAAGAUCACAGAGUCUCACAAAAAGGAACCUGUCUUCCUGAGAUUAUCUGUAGAUUACAGGAGGUGAUCUUUGAGAUGGAGUUGUACAACCUUUCAGGUAGUCAACCAAGGAGAAUGCAUGUAUGUGACGUCCUGUUUGAGAUUGUGUCUCAGAGGUUUUCCGGCUCAAUGAGCUCAACUUCACCACAUCUAAACAGUGAAUGCACGCUGAACACAUGGAACAGAGUAAUGCUGGCUCUCCAAUCAAUGUCAUUUAUUAAAGUCAAGGCGGAAGGAGACAGGAUGCAUCUCGACUGUAAAACGCUUAUACAACAUGUCAACAGUCAUCAGAGACGUGCAUGCUCACCGAGCGGCUUGUUGUCUUUUGAUCUGACCUCACACUUUCUCAGAAGCAAUUUACGUGCUUGUGCACGUUGCAGUAACGUGGCUGAAGAAUUCAACAAGACCUGGUCUGAAAUAAGUCAUCAUUGUCCUCUGCUGCUGGUCUCAACAGUAUAUUGGUGGGAGCAACUGUCAGUAGUGCUGUUGUCAUUAUGGCGUCAUCUGCGUGACGGAGCCAGUCCACCAGAACAACUGCAGCUCAUCAUAAACAGUCAAAGCUGGGCCUGCAGUUUGAUGAAGGGUCAGUUGCUGCGGAGGCCAUCUGCUCCAGCACUGUUGUUGGCCUCCAGUCUCUAUGUUGUCUUUCAUGGCCACGAAGAAGGUGUUAGUGAUGCUCUCACAAUGUUGCAACCAGAGAGGGACAUUAAAUACAAAGAGGUUUUCGUGUUCCUGCUUUUCCUGUGUGUAAACAAUUACGUGUCAGCCCUCCUCUACCCUCAGGAGCGCUGCCAUCGGAAAGCCUUACAACUAUGCACUGAGGUCCUGACAGUGUUGGUGGAUUCAUCUGACUGGCUACUUAUCUUUCAAAUGAAUGACGCUGAAAAAGGUGCUUACCAGAGUGUUACCUUGUUGACAUCACACCAGUUUACUCAACUGGUGCCAUGGGCUUUUUACAACCUCCUGCUUGAGCAGAGCUCGGAGCUGCAACAAAGAGCUGUGCGUUGUCAAGGCUUUCUAAACACUGCCGUCUCUUGCUACAUCAGUCUGUUGAAGCUCUUCUUGGACGGACCCUCCAUCACGGAAAGUCAGAUUGAGUCUUGGCAAAUUCUGAGCCGUUCCAAAACCUUCCUGCUUAAGGCCAUUUCUCAGACGUCUCCUUCCACUCUCUUCUCCGGCACAAUCACACAGUUGGAGACUCAGUGUGUGGACUUUGACCCAGAGGUGGCAGCAGCUCUGUCUACUCAAUUGAACCCUCACAGAAUAAUUCCAGAGUUGCAGUUUCUCUGA